AUGGAUGCGCCGGAGCCUGAUACGCCCUUUGCGGCCGUUUCCGCGCAGACAACUCGCUUUCAAAGAAUCUAUCAAUCCUACCUCGACAAGUCAACCCCAUACGUGGCCUACAGAUGGAUAGGCACCGGCGUCAUCUUCCUCGCCUUUGCUUUAAGGAUAGUCGUCGCGCAGGGCUGGUAUAUCGUCGCCUACGCUCUGGGCAUUUACCUCCUCAACCUCUUCCUCGCCUUCAUCUCCCCCAAAUUCGACCCUUCCCUCGACGCCGACACCGACAUGGAAGAUGGUGUGCCCGCGGGCGAAUCUUCCCUUCCCACGAAGAAUGACCAAGAAUUCAAGCCUUUUGUUCGCAGACUCCCCGAGUUCAAAUUCUGGCAUUCGGCCACGAGGGCUGUGAGCUUGAGUUUCUUGUGUAGUUGGAGCGAGGUGUUUAACUUGCCCGUCUUCUGGCCGGUCUUGGUGGUGUAUUGGUUGAUUCUGGUAUUUUUGACCAUGAGGAGGCAGAUUCAGAGUAUGAUCAAGUACAGAUAUGUGCCAUGGGAUUUUGGCAAGGCAAAGUACGAGCAUAAGUGA